GGCAAACUGAAUCCUGGGGACUCCGUUUCCUCCUCUCUAAAAUGAAGGGGCUGAUUUUCAGGGUUCCUUCCAGCAUCUCAUGGAGGGGAGCUGGGAUCUCUGCUCUGGGGGAGCCUUGGCUUCUGGGUCUGGCAAGGAGAAGCUAAGAAGUUUCAAAUGACGCUUUCUUGGUUGCGGAACACUGGGUGUGUCCCUGGAUGUUGGGACCCAGGAUUUCUCCUCCCCUCCCUGCAUGCACAAACUCGCUGGGUUCCGAAAGCUGCCCAGAGCCCAGAAGCUUCUCUCUUGCUCCUGGUGGGAGCUCCCCCCCUUCUCCUCUCAUGGCUCCCCCCCUGCCCAUGGAUGCCCUCUGGCAGUACCAGUUCCGCCUCAUCCUUCUGGGGGACUCCACAGUGGGCAAGUCCUCCCUGCUGAGACGUUACACCGAGGGCGUCUUUGUGGACUAUCUGGACCAGACGGUGGGAGUAGAUUUCUACAUCCACUUUGUGGAAGUAGAGCCUGGGGUCCAGGUGAAGCUCCAGUUCUGGGACACGGCGGGCCAGGAGCGAUUCAGGUCGGUGACGCGGUCUUACUACCGGAACUCGGCGGGGGGGCUGCUGCUGUUCGACGUGGCCAACCGAGCAUCCUUUGAGAAUGUUCCCAAAUGGCACCGGGAGGUCCUGGACAAAGUGAAGCCCUUCGAGGUCAUCUUCCUGGUGGUGGGGCACAAGAGCGACCUGGUGGCCGAGCGACGGGUGAGCCCCGAGGAGGGAGAGCGGCUGGCCACCUCCCUGGGGGCUCGCUACGUGGAGACCUCGGCCAAGAGCAACAGCAACGUCGCCCUGGCCGUCCAGCUGCUCGCCCAGGACAUCUACGCGGCCGUGAAGAAGGGGACCAUGGCCCCGAGCACAGAGUGGGACGGGGUGAAGAGCCGGGUGCCGACCUGCCCUUGGCAACAAGAGACGAAGGGCAGCGGGGAAGGGUGGAAGUGUCCGUGCUGGUGAUGCAUGAGCCAUGGCGCCUCCAUGGAAAGACCCUUUCCUCCCUUCCUCUUUCUUCCAUUCCUUUCUUUUUCCCUCUCAUUACCAAGCCCGGGCACAGUGAGCACUUAAAAAUGCUUCAUGAUUGAUUGGUUUCCAGUUGUCUCAAUUACCUGAUGGUUAACUUAUUUACAAAUAUUUGCAUUUUUCACAAUUUGGUCAACAGUACUGAAGGGCACCAUGGAAUUAAAUCAAUUGCUAGUUGUUACUGAAGGAGUUGCUUCACUUCUCAGCCUUACUUUUCUUCAUCUGUAAAAUGGGCUUGACAAAUACCAGAAAACCAAUUAAUGACUAAUAACUCAUAAUAAUAAAGUAGGUUAAUAUCUAUUCCUUUCAUAAGGAUUUUCAUAAAACAACUUUUUUGUUAAAAUGAUUAGGUUUCUUGGUCUUUGCUCACUGGCCCUAGUCUUAAUAACUAGUUUUCAUAUUUUACUUUUACUUGCCUAGCAUAUUUCCCUUCCCAUCAGUCACACAGGCAUGACUAUAGGAACAGCUCCUGUUGCCGUUCUCUUGACACUGUAAGGCAGGUUCCAACCCUUAAUCAAUGGCUCCAGACUCCUAGCUGAUCCCAAUCACAACUAGGCAUUGAUCCCAAAAGAGGCAGGGAACAAAGGUGGUCUUGGAAGAACCAUUUCCUGGGUUGUUCUUGGUGAUCCUGGCCACAAGAGGUUUCAAUCUGAACUUUUAGUUCUAUGUGGCCCUCUUCUGUACCCAGGACUGAUUAGGUUUCUUGAGGGGACAGGCAGGAUCAGAAAGAGGAUGGUGGCUUUUAGCCUAUACUGCUGCAAGGAGAAUUCCUUAUGGGACAGGUUUUCUUCUGCCCAAUUGGAAUAAUUAAGCCAGAACCAUCAUCCUGUGCCCACCAGUGGUCUGACUGGCUUUUGGACAGAAUACUGGAAAACACUAUGAGUGGGUCCUGAGACCUCUGGUUGAACUGCAAUUCAAUUAACACUGCC